AUGACCGUCUGCGACGUUUCAGUCGUUCUCGGUGCUGGUAUAUUAGCUUGCCCAAGCGAGUGUCCUUUUUGGUCUCAGAGCGCUGUAUGGAAGGGUGUGGGCGUUUGUACUCGUGGUGAUCGUUGUAGUGUGUACAAUCCUCUAUUAUCCUACGCUGACGAUGUGAAUAAUGUGUGUCUACCGUGCGGGGUGUACGGUUGUGUUUCUUGUGCGUAUUCUGAAGGUUCUUUGCCUGUCUUAGGUGCGGAUUCUACACGUUUACCUGAUGUGUGCCUUGAGUGUGCACCUGGGUAUCGUAUGGGUGACGAUGGUCAUCGCUGUUACCUUGUAAAGAGUUCGAUAUGGUCUCGUUCUUUUUAUGCGUUGGUUGCAACUACUUUGGUGUGUUUUGCUGGUUUGGGUCUGCGAAUGCUUCUGCGUCCAUCUCAAUAUGAGUCUAAUCUGAAUCGUUACCAUGAUGCUGUUGAGUCGCAGAAGAUUGGUAACUGGUCGACAAAGCUUCGUGGUGAUGUCUUUGGUACUCUGUUAGGUCUGAUGCGUGUGGAUGUUGCUGGUGUUGGUGUUAUUCUUUAUUUUCGUUUUUUAGCGUUUUUGGCGUCAACUAUCUUUGGUAUGAUUCUUUUGAACCUUGCACAUGCGCAUAUCCCAUGCUCAGACAUGAUCCGUUCGUUUAAGAAGCCUUUUAGUUUAGAUCGUGUUGGUGAUUUAAGUUCAGGUGUCUGGUGGCAGAGUUACUUUAAGUUGGCUAGAUCAGUGGGUCUUCGGGAUCAUGUAUUGAACUUCAAAUACGUUGAUGAUGCGAUAGAUUGGAGUGUUUCUCAAUAUGCUCAGGAUACUUCUCGUGUGAUGGGUGUUGUUUAUCUCUGUGUGAUGGGUGCGACUAUAGUGUUUGCGUUAUAUCAGCGUAACUUUUUGCAGAACUAUUUCAACGGUCGUGCUCGCGUGCAAUACUUCACGUUAGUUUUGGAUGGUGUUCCUCCUUUACAUUCUUUGGAAGACUUUGUUGAGGAUGCCACUGGCGUGCGUCCUAAGUCGGUUGCUGUGGCUUACGACAUCGGUGAUUCUCUUGAUGGUAUGCGUGAUUUUCUGAACGUAUUGGAGGAGGAUAACAAUGACGGUAUCUAUGUGAACUUGGAGAUGGCAUCUCAGCAUCGUCGUGUGUUGAACGAGUUGCAGCCUAGCGGCACUGCUUUUGCUGUUUUCGGUAGUCGUCAAGCCGUGCAUCGUGCGCGUGUAUCUUUUGAGCGUAGCGGUAUCUGUGGUGUUCGUGAGUGUGAUUUGGAGCCAGAGGAUGUGAUUUGGUCUAAUUUGUCUAAAGGUGAAUCUUUAUUUGGUCGUGUUGUUUGUAUAACAGCAGUGAUCUGUGCUGCUCAGUUAUUGUGGACCUUUUUAUUUUUUAUGCCCUAUGCAGCUUACAAGUUACUUUCACUUUCUAGUGAUUUUUUUGAGUCUAUGUGGCUUUGUUUGUUUGCUGGUGUUGGCAAUUCAUUGGUUGGUGCUUGGAUCCGUUUAGCAACAGAUCGUGUAGGUUUUAUGAGUCGUGAGACUUCUGAGAGUUAUUUGAUGUGGAUAUCUGCGGCUGCUAAGUUGUUUAACGUUGGUGUGAAUGUGUUAUUAGCGCAUAUGGUUAACUACGGUGGUCGUUACAAGUUAGUAUCGGUUGUUAAGGAUUUUGGUUUAUAUAUGCGUACACCUACAUUUCGUGUUGGUGAGGAGGUUUCAAUAUCUCAAAGUUUGGCUGCGUUUAUGUCUAAUGUGCUUUUAUUGGUGCCUUUGUUAUCAUUUUUGUUUGCACGUUAUGGUACGCCAUUAUUGAAGUUUUUGUUUGUGCUUUCUGCCGAUUUGGACGAGAGUGAAUCUAAGAAUAUGGUUCGUGCUUCUCGGUUUGAUUUAUCUGAGCGUUACUGUAUUUCUGUGGUUCACUUUACUUGUUCUCUAUUGCUUCAAUUUGUGAUUCAGAGCAAGUUACAGGCAUUAACACUUACUCUAUGUCUUUUGGGUUCUUGUUUAUUACACUACGGGUGUGAUGCUUAUAUGUUACUGUAUAAAUCGUCUCCAACUCGUGUUGUUGGUUUUGCGUCGUUUUACAACGCGUUACUUCUUUGGUCAGUGCCUACUGGUAUUUUGGCUGCUUGUCCAUCAUAUUGGCGUUGGCGCGGUGCAAACGGUCGUUUAUCUACCGUUUUGAUUUGUUUUCUUCUUCACAUGGUUUGUUACCAUGGUUUGAUGAGAUAUAUGUACGGGUUACGUCGUCGUUUUGAUGUUGUUGAGCACAACAACUCUCCAUCUGAUUACACGAUGGGCAACCCUGUGUAUACGCUUCGUCGUUUGGCUGCGUUUUGA